GUGUGAUGUAAAUAGUAGCUGGUUUGUAGUUUUGCUCCAGAUGAAAAGCCCCCCGUUCCCCCUUGUCGCUCACGCACAAGGGACUGCGCCCUCGCCUUUUGCGGCUGCAUCAGCAUGUGAGCCCUGAGUCACAACUGACACAUAUCUCAGUGUCGGCUUAUACGAACUUAGCCAUUCCGUCCACUCCCCCAUGUCUCUCGCUCGUGACGCCAACAGCCAAUAAAACCGACCCAAAAGCCCAUACACUGACCGACACACCCGCGCGCAUCAAAUCAACCUGAGCCACCGCCACCAAUGGCCUUCUCCUUGGCUCCCGGCCUGCUUCUUCCUCUUCUUGUUGGUUUGCUAAAUUUUGCUUCAAGCACCCACGACUACCAAGACGCGUUGUCAAAAGCCAUCUUGUUCUUCGAGGGCCAGCGCUCGGGAUUUCUGCCACAGGACCAGCGGAUCACCUGGCGUUCCAACUCGGGACUAAGCGAUGGCUGGAUGUACAACGCCGACUUGACUGGAGGAUACUACGACGCCGGCGACAACGUUAAAUUCGGCUUCCCCAUGGCCUUCACGACGACAAUGUUGGCGUGGAGCGUGAUCGAGUUCGGCGAUUCCAUGCCCCCAAAUGAGCUAAGGAACUCACUGGUGGCGAUCCGCUGGGCAACGGAUUACUUGCUCAAGGCUGUGUCUCAGCUGCCCAACCGGAUUUUUGUGCAGGUGGGGGAUCCAAACAUAGACCACGAUUGUUGGGAAAGACCCGAAGAUAUGGACACUGCCAGGACUGUUUACGCCGUUGAUGCACCAAAUCCGGCUUCUGAUGUUGCCGGAGAGUCCGCAGCAGCUCUUGCAGCUUCAUCCAUAGCUUUCCGAUCAUCGGACCCGGGAUACUCAGAUACUCUGUUACGAAAUGCCAUCAAUGCUUUUCAAUUUGCAGAUAGUUACAGAGGAGCUUACAGCGAUAAUUCCAAUAUUAAAUAUGGCGCCUGCCCAUAUUAUUGCGACUUUGAUGGUUAUCAGGACGAGUUACUUUGGGGAGCAGCAUGGCUAAGGAGGGCAACUCAGCAGGAUGCUUACCUUGAUUACAUACGAAGCAAUGGCCAAACCCUUGGAGCCGAUGAAAACAUCAAUGAAUUUGGGUGGGACAACAAACAUGCUGGCCUUAAUGUUUUAGUCUCUAAGGAAGUCAUAGAAGGAAACAUGUAUUCUCUCCAGUCGUACAGAGCCUCGGCGGACAGCUUCAUGUGCACGCUCGUACCCGAAUCAUCGGCGUCGCACAUAGAGUACAGUCCCGGAGGGCUCAUAUACAGGCCCGGAGGCAGCAACUUGCAGCACACAACAUCCAUUGCAUUCCUUUCAUUGGUCUAUGCCAAUUCCUUGGCUAGAACAUCUCAAGCUAUUAAUUGUGGGAGCAUUUACGUAAGUCCGACUAGGCUUCGCCAACAGGCCAAGCGCCAAGUUGAUUACAUUUUGGGCGAUAAUCCUAUGGGUUUAUCUUAUAUGGUUGGGUAUAGCAACUACUAUCCGCAACGUAUUCACCAUCGUGGCUCGUCGUUGCCAUCCAUAAAGGACCAUCCCCAGUUCAUUGCAUGCAAAGAGGGUUCCAUAUACUUCAACUCAACAGAUCCUAACCCUAAUGUCUUAUUUGGGGCUGUUGUUGGCGGGCCAGGUGAGGAUGAUGUUUAUGAGGAUGAUCGAAUUGAUUACAAGAAGUCGGAGCCCACAACCUACAUUAAUGCUCCAUUAGUUGGGGCACUAGCAUACUUUGUAGCUAACCCCAACCCCAGUUAGCACAAACACAAAUCUCUGAUCUCUCUCUCUCUCUCUCUUUCUCUCUCACAAAUUCGCCGUCAUCAACGUUUGAGCAGCAUAGGGAAAGAUGCCUCUCGUCUUUGGCAAAUCAAAGAGAGCAGAGGUUUAUGGGGAAUUAAUUUGCUUGAUUAAUUCUCGAGUUAUAGCACUUUCCAAGUCACAAGAGCUUGUUGUGACUUUUUCAAGGAGGAUUAUUGGAAGUUUAUUUCAACAUGCAAAAUUGAAGUUUGUUGCUAA